GCGGGGGCUCCGCGCUCCGCACGGCCCGGCCCGGCUCGGCCCCGGCGCCAUGAGCGGCGGCGGCGGCGGCGGAGGGGGCUCGGCGCCCAGUCGCUUCGCCGACUACUUUGUCAUCUGCGGGCUGGACACUGAGACCGGGCUGGAGCCGGACGAGCUGUCGGCAUUAUGCCAGUACAUACAGGCUUCUAAAGCCAGGGAUGGUGCCAGCCCUUUCAUUUCAAGUACAACUGAAGGAGAAAAUUUUGAGCAGACACCAUUGAGACGAACAUUCAAGUCUAAGGUUCUUGCACGAUAUCCUGAGAAUGUGGACUGGAAUCCCUUUGACCAAGAUGCAGUGGGAAUGCUGUGCAUGCCCAAAGGGCUGGCAUUCAAGACCCAGGCUGAUCCCAGGGAGCCUCAGUUCCAUGCCUUUAUUAUCACAAGGGAGGAUGGCUCUCGGACAUUUGGGUUUUCCCUCACAUUUUAUGAGGAGGUGACUAGCAAGCAGAUCUGCAGUGCAAUGCAGACCCUCUACCACAUGCAUAAUGCUGAGUAUGAUGUCCUCCAUGCUCCCCUUGCUGAUGGCCAAGACCACAGUGACAUGGAGGAUGGUGAAGGCACUCCUGGGACCAAGCUGCAGCGCUUCAACUCCUACGACAUUAGCCGGGAUACGCUCUACGUCUCUAAGUGCAUUUGCCUCAUCACGCCCAUGUCCUUCAUGAAAGCAUGUCGGAGUGUGCUGGAACAACUUCACCAGGCAGUCACUUCACCUCAGCCCCCUCCACUGCCCCUUGAGAGCUACAUAUACAAUGUACUCUACGAGGUGCCACUCCCACCUCCUGGCCGGUCAUUGAAGUUUUCUGGGGUCUAUGGGCCAAUUGUCUGCCAGAGACCAAGUACCAAUGAGCUUCCCUUAUUCGACUUUCCUGUCAGAGAGGUCUUUGAACUGCUUGGGGUGGAGAAUGUGUUUCAACUUUUUACUUGUGCCCUUCUGGAGUUUCAAAUCCUGCUCUACUCACAGCAUUACCAGAGACUGAUGACUGUGGCGGAGACAAUUACAGCUCUCCUGUUUCCUUUCCAGUGGCAGCAUGUCUAUGUUCCUAUUCUCCCAGCUUCUCUCCUACAUUUCUUAGAUGCUCCUGUGCCAUACCUGAUGGGCUUGCAUUCGAAUGGCCUGGAUGACCGGUCAAAACUGGAGCUGCCUCAAGAGGCUAACCUCUGCUUUGUGGACAUUGACAACCACUUCAUUGAGCUGCCGGAGGACUUGCCUCAGUUUCCCAACAAACUGGAGUUUGUCCAGGAAGUCUCUGAGAUUCUCAUGGCAUUUGGCAUUCCCCCUGAAGGGAACCUUCACUGUAGCGAGAGUGCCUCCAAGCUGAAGAGGCUCCGGGCCUCUGAGCUCGUCUCCGACAAGAGGAAUGGAAACAUCGCAGGCUCCCCUUUACAUUCCUACGAGUUCCUCAAGGAGAACGAAACUAUCGCCCGCCUGCAGGCCUUGGUCAAGAGGACUGGGGUGAGCCUGGAGAAGCUGGAAGUACGUGAAGACCCCAGCAGCAAUAAGGAUCUCAAAGUUCAGUGUGAUGAAGAAGAACUCAGGAUUUACCAGCUAAACAUUCAGAUCCGGGAAGUUUUUGCAAAUCGUUUCACUCAGAUGUUUGCAGAUUAUGAGGUGUUUGUCAUUCAGCCCAGCCAGGAUAAGGAGUCCUGGUUUACCAACAGGGAGCAGAUGCAAAACUUUGACAAAGCAUCUUUUCUGUCAGAUCAGCCUGAGCCCUACCUGCCUUUCCUCUCAAGAUUCUUGGAGACCCAGAUGUUUGCUUCCUUCAUUGACAACAAAAUCAUGUGUCAUGACGAUGAUGAUAAAGAUCCUGUGCUCCGGGUGUUUGAUUCCCGAGUAGACAAGAUCAGGCUGUUGAAUGUUCGGACACCUACUCUGCGCACAUCCAUGUACCAGAAGUGUACCACUGUGGAUGAAGCAAAGAAAGCAAUUGAGCUGCGACUGGCAAAAAUCGAUCAUACUGCGGUUCACCCCCAUUUACUUGACAUGAAGAUUGGACAAGGGAAGUAUGAACCAGGCUUCUUCCCUAAGCUGCAGUCUGAUGUGCUUUCCACCGGGCCAGCCAGCAACAAGUGGACAAAAAGGAAUGCCCCUGCCCAGUGGAGGCGUAAAGACCGGCAGAAGCAGCACACAGAACACCUGCGUUUAGACAAUGACCAGAGAGAGAAAUACAUCCAAGAAGCCAGGAAUAUGGGCAGCACCAUCCGCCAGCCCAAACUGUCCAACCUUUCCCCGUCAGUGAUUGCCCAAACCAACUGGAAGUUUGUGGAGGGUCUGCUGAAGGAAUGCCGCAACAAGACCAAGAGGAUGCUGGUGGAGAAGAUGGGCCGAGAGGCUGUGGAGCUAGGGCAUGGGGAGGUGAACAUCACAGGGGUGGAGGAGAACACCUUGAUUGCCAGCCUUUGUGACCUCCUGGAAAGGAUUUGGAGUCAUGGGCUACAAGUGAAACAGGGGAAAUCAGCCUUGUGGUCCCACCUGUUACAUUAUCAGGAAAACCGGCAGAGAAAACUCACAUCAGGAAGCCUCAGUACCUCAGGAAUAUUUCUUGAUUCAGAACGGAGGAAGUCUGAUGCCAGCUCAGUCAUGCCUCCCCUGAGAAUCUCCCUCAUUCAGGAUAUGAGGCACAUCCAGAACAUUGGGGAAAUCAAGACUGAUGUGGGAAAAGCCAGAGCAUGGGUGCGACUGUCCAUGGAAAAAAAGUUACUUUCCAGACACCUGAAGCAGCUUCUCUCAGACCAUGAGCUCACCAAAAAGUUGUACAAGCGCUAUGCCUUCCUGCGCUGUGACGACGAGAAGGAGCAGUUCCUCUAUCACCUCCUCUCUUUCAAUGCCGUCGAUUACUUCUGCUUCACCAAUGUCUUCACAACUAUCCUGAUUCCUUACCACAUCCUGAUCGUACCAAGCAAGAAGCUGGGGGGCUCCAUGUUCACCGCCAACCCAUGGAUCUGCAUCUCGGGAGAACUGGGUGAGACACAGAUCCUGCAGAUUCCCAGGAAUGUGUUAGAGAUGACCUUCGAGUACCAGAACUUGGGGAAGCUCACUACGGUGCAGAUAGGCCAUGAUAACUCUGGGCUGUAUGCCAAAUGGCUUGUUGAGUAUGUGAUGGUCAGGAAUGAGAUCACCGGACAUACCUACAAGUUCCCGUGUGGCCGGUGGUUGGGGAAGGGCAUGGAUGACGGAAGCCUGGAGCGGGUCCUAGUCGGGGACCUGCUCACAUCCCAGCCUGAGGUGGACGAGAGGCCGUGCCGGACCCCGCCCCUGCAGCAGUCUCCCAGCGUCAUCCGGAGGCUCGUUACCAUCUCACCCAACAACAAGCCCAAGCUGAACACUGGGCAGAUCCAGGAGUCCAUCGGUGAGGCAGUCAAUGGCAUCGUGAAGCACUUCCAUAAGCCUGAGAAAGAGCGAGGUAGUCUGACGCUGUUGCUUUGUGGAGAAUGUGGCCUUGUCUCGGCCCUGGAACAGGCUUUCCAGCAUGGAUUUAAAUCGCCGCGGCUCUUCAAAAAUGUCUUCAUUUGGGAUUUCUUGGAAAAAGCACAAACCUAUUACGAGACUUUGGAGCAGAAUGAACUUGUUCCUGAGGAAAACUGGCAUAUGAGGGCCCGGAACUUCUGCCGUUUUGUCACUGCGAUCAACAAUAAUCCCCGGAACAUUGGCAAGGAUGGCAAGUUUCAGAUGCUGGUGUGCUUGGGAGCCAGAGAUCACCUCCUGCACCACUGGAUUGCCCUGCUGGCUGACUGCCCCAUCACCGCACACAUGUAUGAGGAUGUGGCGCUGAUCAAAGACCACACACUUGUCAAUUCCUUGAUCCGCGUGCUGCAGACACUGCAGGAGUUCAACAUCACGCUGGAGACAUCCCUGGUCAAGGGCAUCGACAUCUGACCUCCCAGCACCAGCUAGCAGCAGGACCCAGAGACUCGCCUGUAGCUCUGCCCACCUUCUUCCCAAAGGGACCUACGCGAGUUGUGCAGGAGAUGAGAGGAGAUGUACACUCACUGUAAAAAGAAAAGUAGAGGAUUUUUGGAAUAAAUAAUCUAUUUUAGAGUUUA